AUGGCUUCUGCGCUUCCCCCUGCUACCAGCUCGAUCCAAGAGCGAAGCAAACGAGCAACGAAGGCUUGCCAUCGGUGUCGGAUCAAGAAGUCGAAGGUUCUCGUUAACCUUAUCCAAGUUGUAUUGUGGCGCCUAAUCCGCUUCCAGUGCGAAGGACCAAGUCCUUGCGGUCGAUGCAGAACAGACAACGUUAUCUGUGUCUUCGAUAGACGUCGGAGGCCCGACAACAGGGUCUACCCCAAAGGUUACGUCGAGUUAUUGGAGCACCAGCAAACUCAACUCUUGCGAGCCCUGAAGAAGUUGUAUCAACAAGCGCACGACAACAGAGCAGGGUUUUAUCCGCGCUUGAAGUGGUCCGGUAGUGACCUACCUGCUGUGAACAGCAUACUCGAGGACCUUGGGGUAUUUGAAGAUGAUGACUCUGCAAAGCCUGGAAUUGAGGAAGAUUCCAACGCCUCACACCUGGCAGCAACUGCUCCCAUUGAGCUCACGCGCGGUCAACUGUCGACGAAUCCUCUGGUUAUUGGCCCUGCUUCUCUGCAACACUGUUCGGCUGCGGAGUCCAGCUUCGUCAAAACCUGCAGCUUUAGUCCGCCCUUGUGUGCACCUCUAAGCUCAACCCUCUGUCCUCGAGGCACACCAAGCACGUCUCCUACCGAUUUAUCUCACAAUACCUGUGACCAAUUUGACUAUGAGCUGAGCCGUAUCUACCCAAAUUCCAACAGUGCCACGAGCUGUAUCGACCCAUUCGAUCCGUCAACACCGAUUUCGAUGAUGAGUUUACCCAUCAACUAUAUGGAUGCGUGCUAG